UUGCUGGAGUAAUAAAGGAGAAGGCUGGGAGAAGAGAUUUGUUGGCACAACAGCUUUUCCAGGACCUAGGAAAUGCGAUUUCAGAACAGAAAUCACUAGUUCUUCAUCGCCUGACCCACUGGAAACAUCCCAACAUCCCAUCUGAUCUCUUCCUAUUUCUCUUUGCUGGUCUUUUGGCAUCUGGCAGAAGAAACGGGACAAGCACUCAGCAGAAAUCCGCCUUGAUUUUGCUACACAGGGAGAACAUGCCUGAAGAAUGAAGAGGUUCACAUGUAGCCCCGGACUGCACUCUUCUGCCAAGGCUCUUUGCAUCUUGAUGGCUGCUGCUCACGUUGUCCUCCUGGCAGAAGCACAUUACCUGCAUGGAGAAAGACUGGAUUUAUUGGGAAGGAAUGAUAAGUUUGUGUCUCUGGUGAACUUCAGCAUCCCUCAGCUGUGCCAAUUCACAGCAUGCAUUGACCUAAAGCGGACUGCCAACGUCAGCUCUUGGGCAGCCUUUUCCUAUGACGCUAACAACUCCUCCUUGGACAUCAAUGAUUUAGAGCUUGGGCUCUCUGGAGAAAACAAGCAAUUGAGGCUCUAUCUUUUUGGCACCAGACGGGACAUUGAGAUUGACCUGGCCCUUUUUGUGUGGUACAGCGUGUGCUGCUCGUGGGACACCAGGAAACAACUGCUGGAGGUCUACUGCGACGGUGAGCUCGUGCAUAGCGAAACCAUUGGCAGCGCUGGGUGCUUGAAACCCAACGGGAGCCUGGUGCUGGGUCAUCUGCACAAGAGAAAGGAUGGCUUCAUUGUGCGGGUGAGCAACAGCUUCAUUGGCAGUUUGUACUACUUCCAAAUGUGGGACCGUGUGCUGGGGCAGGAAGAGCUGCUGGACUGCGCCAUGGGCAACACGGUCAGCUGGGAGGAAGAGUAUUGGGACUUCAGCAGCAUCCUGCCCGUUGCGGACCAUCACCUGCGCUGUGCAGGCUCAAGUGAAGCAUCAUCCACAAGGGCUCCUACGCUGCCCCCGUUGCCUCCGACCGGUAGUGCCAAUGGUACCGUUCCAGUCAGCUUCUUCAGCACUGAGAUGAACUUUUCCCUCUUCUACAAAACUGAGAGAGCUCCUGAUUACUAUGACGCAAGGAACCUCCUCGAAAACUGGUUUCGUAUCAUAUUUACUGGAGAAGAAUUUGUUGUGCCAAACUUUAAAGUCAGGGGUAAUUAUCCACAAAGCAAUGUCUAUAGCAGGCCUCAUGUAAGUAAUUUCUUAGUUUUGAGUUAAAAACUUACUUUUUCUUAUCUCUCCAGGGAGGAUAUAGUAGUUGUGUGGCUUAACAUUGACCUUCAAUCUGGUAGGUGUACCCCAUUUAAAGAGCUGGGCUGGAAAGCCAGUCUGUCCUUGUAGAGACUGAUACGUUCUGUGCUCUCUGCGUGAGGCAGCAUUGAUGCACUCUGAUGU